CGGCCUCCUCCACCGGCUUUACAGGUUUCUCUAGUCCUUCCUCAAUUUACACUCACGCACCCCCUGAAAUUUGUGGUCACCGGUAACAAAGCCCUCAGCUUCUGCUGGACGGCCGCCGAGUUGAUGAAGACCAUUUGUAAUAGCUUGCUGUCACUCUUGAUUUUGUGUUUGGUCAAGUAUACAAAUUUGAUUUGAUUUGAUUUUGGGUUUUGAAAAAGCGGAAGGAGAACCCCUGCUAAAGAUUGUAAACUCCCAGUGGCCAAGAUUACAAGAAAUUUUUCACAACAAAGAGGGGAGAUGAUCGAUGAUGCUGACUCUUGGCAUUGGCAUCCUACUGGAAUUAAUCUCCUUCGUUUUUCUUCUCUUAUGCCUCCUUAUAAGGCAAUUUCCCACAUUCAUAGCUUACCACAGCAGCAAUCCUUUUGAUGAAUUAGCGUUGUGACAUCAAUUCAUUGAUGAUUUGUGCAUAAUUGAAUCGUGUCCUUUUGAUAUUUUUGGGGAUUGAAAUUAGCACCCCCUUUUUUACAAACCAAACCCCCUCCAUGAGCAAUUUUCCAAUCAAAAUAGUGAUAGUGUUCACCGCUACUUUUGUACUGUUCUUCAAUCCUGUAAAUUUAAAAAAUUGGUAUUGUUCUGGUUCUAUUAGUUCUGCUUCUGGGCCUAGGGGUCUAAGAAUUGGAUUUAUCAUGUAAUUGAACCAUCCUUUUUCCAACAGUAUACAUUAACAUGAAAUGUAUAUAGAUAGAGAUAGAUGUGUUUGGCCUGAGAGCAUCUGCUCUAUUUUGAUGACAUGCUAGUUAAAUUCUUCUGGAUUGUAUGUUUGGCAGGUUCAAGUCUGUGAGAGAAACCAUCAACCAGGCGAUGAAGUCUCUGUAACCUGCUCAUUUUACUUGAUACAAUCUCAUUACUUCACAUAUCUUCUACAACAUAUGAUUGCUGAUUUUACAAAAUCUUGGAAUAUUGUGCCUGCAGGUAAUAGUGACUUUGGUGUCUCUGUCUGGAGAUGGCUGCACGGUGGAAGUUAAUCUUCCUGAGGAUGGAAUAGGUGGUCUUGUGUGUCUUAAGUUCUGGGCAUGAGAUUCGCAGAACAAAAAUUUCAACUUGUCCACCAUUGUGUAUGAACCUCACAGGGAUGCUGGAGUUUCUGCUCUUGCUUUUCAUCCUACCCGUCAAAUGGUUGUCAGUUCAUAAUAUGGUGGGGAUUUCAAGAUUUGGGUUUGCAGUGAUGAGAUUCAGCAGAAACAAGAUACACUACAGCAUUCUAGGUGGAUGUGCCAUGCUGUAAGUUCAUACAAGAAAAAGCCAAUGACAGCUGCUGCAUUUUCUGCCGAUGGUUCUGUUCUGGCUGUUGCAGCUGAAACUGUAAUCACACUAUGGGACCCUGUGAACAACAUGCUUGUGGCUGUGCUUGGAGAGAUGCAGAUGCCAAUUGUGACCCUCUCCUUUGCUGGGAAUUCGGACUAUCUUUUGGCAAUCUCCCGGGGUUCAAAACCACAGUUAUCGGUGUGGAGCAUGUCAAAGCUGUCUGAGUCUUGGUCAUACAAGCUUGACAUAGAAGAUGUUUCGUGUGCGAAAGAUUCCUCAUCAUUUGCAGUUCUUGCCCUUUUGCCAAAAUCAUCUACUUUUAUGGGCUCUAAUGAACCAAAUUUUCAAGGAAAAGAUGGGGUAAUCUUAUUAUUCAAUGCAACAGAUCCUGUUCCAUUGGCUAUGUGGUCCGUAAGGAAGGCCAAGGGAGGGGGACUUGCUUUCCUUAAAGGGAACUCACCUUCCUUUCAACAACAAAGUAUAGCAGAUGGAAAAUCACCACAAGCUUUGCUUGCCUAUAUAAAUGCCGAUCAUGAGUACAUCCUCUUUGGUCCAUAUGACAACGAUGCACGUGAACUUAGUAUGACCAGGGGGAAGGAUCGUGUUGCCGUUGACGAAACAGCGCAAUAUGGAUAUGCAUCUAUCUAUGGGGAGCUACCUCAAUUUGAGAUGAAGAGAGACCAGACCUUGUUAGCCCCAUAUGCUCCAUUACAAAGGCCUUGGGAGACCAUUUUUAGUGGGUCAUCACAUAAUCUUCUACCCCUACCUAAAUUGUGUUUAGAGUUUAUGGAAUCGCUACUAGAAAGGAGGAUAACUCUUUUUUUUUUUUUUUUGAACGCGUGGGGUGUCAGUCUAUUAUAGUAAAGUAUGAAACAUUACAAGAUGAUUCACCCGGACUCCGGGCAACGACAGAAAGAGCCAUGAAUGAAUAAACUAAAGCAAGCCCUAGACUACCCAAACAUAAUGUAUCCAUAGGAAUAAGCUCCAAUGAUUCAAGUAACCUUGACACUACUAGGGAGGAUCCGAACGUAGCCAAGACCAUUCCCCAAUAUUAUUCUUAAAGCAGAGGCUCAAAGAAAAAAAAAGAAAAAAUGCUAGCUUAAAUCUAAAAAAAUCUAGAUUAAAAACCCUAGAGAAGGCAGAGCCUAACAAAGGAGACCAGCAACAGAGACCCAAGAUGAGGCCCAACACAUCAGCCGCAGACCAUGAACCCGGCCAAACCCGCCUGAAUGCCCGCCGUCGUCCACCAACGCCACCUGCUUCCACCACGUCGAUUCAGUCUAGAAGAGAAUGAAGAAAACCAACGUCCUUCGAGUGCCAGCCAAACCGGAAAGAGCAGUGACCAUAUGACCAGGAGAAGACCACUGCGAAACCAGACGAGUCCGACAUCCACCUCCUCCACCGCUCAAACCUAGCGUGCAUGACCUCACCCAUCAUCUCACAAGCCGCCAGAUGCUCCAGAUCGGACCCGAUCCAGGGCGCUUAUUUGCCCCCACUCUCACUACCCAACCCGACAGGGGAGCAGAUCAACAGGAGACCCGUCCGACGACAACAUCAAGGCGACGCGUCGUCGGACGGAGAGAAAAAGAUGGGAGUGACGGCUGAACGAGAGAACAACCCUAGAAAGACCAACCUAUAACACUAUAUACAAUUACUCUGUGUUUGUACUAAGAAAGGAGGAUAACUUGAUUCAUUGCCCUCUACUGUACUGCCAAUCUCAACUUCAGCCUUCAGGUGAGUAUCAGAAGAUUUGUUGUCUGGUUGAUAUUGAUCUCUGGGCAGAAGGCAAAACUGGUUGUUAUUAUAUAAAUGACGACAGAUUUAGUAGUCUUGGUGAGGAUUAUGGUCUUGAGUUUUGAGGCCCUUGUUGAGUAUGUUUAGCAUCAGGCUUGGUGAAGAUUUGUUGACUCAAUUAUGUGGCAUCAGGCUUACAGACUCCUAGUCCUUAUUGGCAGCAAGGGAAUCAGUGGGCUCCUCCUCCUCCACAGAGUGGCGGCGUGUGGGCGACUAAUGUAGCUUGUCAGCCAGAAUCAGGGCAGUUUUAUGGAGAACCUGAUAGAGGAACAGCAGGUCAGCCGGGAAUAGCCUGGCGACAGAACGCUCCUAGAAGUAGAGGGUUUUAAUUGUUUCAUUCUUUCUUUCUUUCCUUUUCGCAUGUAAAGCUCAGUUUCUUUCUUUUUGUAUUCUCAAGAGUAGUGCUUGUAAGCAUAAAUGCUCUACAGAGUUGGUUGGUGUAGUUCAAGCUUAAGUGGGAGCUUUGUGCUAGUAGUUCUUGUAGGCGUUAGCUGCAGAGCGUCUUUUUAGAUAAUAAUGUUUUAGAACUUUUACCAUAAAACAAAACCAAGAAUGUGGUUGAAUAUUACUGAGACCAAAAUGAAGUUGCCUUGUCUCA